AGCGCCACAGGGUUGGUCUCCUUAGCGACCGUGGCGGCCGCUGUAUUUGCGCAAAGCAACCUCGGCAAUGUCUAUACAAAUGCCCAGCCGUCGGAGCCGAAGGGGCCCACUGCAGAGCGCGUUGCGUCGGGGCCGAGAGCUGCGGGAACAGGUGGGAACUUUGCUUCAAGAAAGCAAAACUGUGAAAGCUCUGGAUUCUGAAAAAAAGAAAAGCCUUAAUGAGAGAUGUUCGGCGCUGAAGAAAUCUGUGGAUGAAAAUGCCUUAACUCUUCAGAAUUUAAAGAAAUCAGAUGAGCCUGCACCAGUAGGAAAUUAUAAUCAGAGAAAAGAAGAAGAAGAAAAGCAAUUGUUCAAGCUUUCUCAGCAAUUGGAAAAACUUGCUGCAGUCCUUAACCAGGACAAUGUAGUCAAAGACUCCAACAUGAAUUUGAAAAAGAAAGGCAGCCCAGAGGAACAGCAGAAGGAUGAAGAGACAGAAAAUGAGGAAGAAGGAGAAAGUACCCAAAAUGAUGAUGAAGAUGAAGAAGAGCAAGAUAGCGAGGAUGAUGAGGAUGAUGAAUACGAUGAUGAAAGUAAACUAGACACUUCAUUUAAUACAGAAUUCAUCGCUCUUGGUGAUUUUGCUGCACAGCAAGAAGGGGAUUUGACAUUUAAAAAAGAAGAAGUUCUUCUUAUCAUUGAGAAAAAGCCUGAUGGUUGGUGGUUGGCUAAAAAUUCGAAAGGGGAGAAAGGUCUUGUCCCUAAAACCUAUCUUACGGCAAAAGACAAGGAAGAAGAGCCAAGUGAAGAGGAAACAGAGGAUGACAUUGAGGUGGCAGAUGAAACAGCAGGUGGAGCCAAUAUUCUGAAAAGAACAGACUCUCACUGGAGUGCUGUCAAAAAGGCCCUCACAGAGCAUAAUACCUUAGAUGCCCUGACAAGUAUGGGAGCCGUGCCUGCUGGAUUUCGACCUUCAACUCUUGCACAGUUCUUGGAUGAAGGAAAUCAAUUUCAGGCAUCUUCAUUCCUACAACCAGUGCUUACACCUUCCAACCUUUCUUUCCAAGAUCUAGUUUGGAGCCCUGAAAAAGGCAGUAUUCAACCAAGACCAACUCGGAUAGCCCUAGUUAUGACUUUAUGGAACUGCAAAGGCAUUCCUUUUCCUGGUAUUAGUAUACAAGUCCUCAGUAGACAUAUCCGACUCUGCCUUUUUGAUGGCAACCGGAUUCUGAGCAACAUUCAUACUGUAAGAGCUACAUGGCAAUCAAAAAACCCCAAAACAUGGACGUUUUCUCCAAGGGUUACUGGCAUUUUGCCCUGUAUUCUUGAUGGUGAUUGUUUCAUUAGAUCUAAUAAUCCAUCUCCAGAUAUUGGACUAUUGUUUGAACUUGGAAUCACCUAUCACAAUUCAACAGGUGAGAGAGGAGAAUUAAGCUGUGGUUGGGCAUUUCUAAAACUCUUUGACUCAAGUGGACUUCCAACUCCUUCCAAAACAUAUGAGCUGCUUUUGAAUGGUGGGACUCCAUAUGAAAAAAGGGUGGAAGUGGACCCCUCAGUUUCAAGGAGAGCCAGCAGCAAUGUUUUUCAUCAUAUAAUAACACUGAGGAAGCAGCCACAACUUCUAUUAAAACUGAGGUCUAUUAGCACAAGAUCGAAAGGCAUAAUGAACCUAUUACCAGAAGUAUUAAUUGGCAGCAUGUGCUAUAUGCAUCUCAUACUGUUUUAUCGUCAGAUCCUUGGUGAUGUACUCUUGAAAAACAGACCAAAUAUGCAACAUGCAGAUUUGAUCAGCAAUCCAAUUUUGGCAACUUUUCCUAAACUCAUGGAACAGCCUGAUAUUAUGGAUGCACUCAGGAGUUCCUGGGCAGAGAAAGAAAGUACAUUGAAGAGAUCAGAAAAGAGAGACCGGGAAUUUCUGAAAUCAGUGUUUGUCCUGGUGUACCAUGACACCGUCUAUCCGCUUCUUCAGUCUGUGUUGCUCCCAGAGUAUAAGUGGGCAGAAGAAGAAUCUGAAGGCACUCGCUGGCGAAUAAUAGCUGAAUUCCUGAAGAAAAAUCAAGAAAGAGUGUUGCCAGGCAUUUUAUCGCUCCAGAAUGAUAAGCAAAGAUACUGAUGUAGUUUUUUGAGAAUGAAAUGAGACUGGUUUGCAGAAAGUUUCCCAAAUGGUGCUGAAUUCAACUUUACGCAGAUGGAAUUUCCCUGUGCAGAGGGCUUUCUUCUUGUUUUGGCCUGAAGACUUAAAAGCAAAUUCUGUGUCACAGAACUUGAAAGACCUGAUGGAGUAUAUCUGAAAGCACAUACUGGUUAAAAGGUUUAGAGAAGGGGAAAUUGCUUUAUUUUUAUUAUCUACCAACUAUUUAUUUCAGAAACUCACCAUUGGAUUUUGCCCUGAUCUCUAGGUACACAUCUCACUGAAAUAAAUGACAAUUGCCUUAAUUUGCAUAAUGAUCCCAAAACAAAAAUAUAGCUGUAGAGAAGAAACUGGUUCAACAAGGCUAACUGGAACUAGUCAUGUUUUUGGAUGUGUUCCCAAUCAAUUAACAGCAAGACGAUGGAAUCUGUUCAACCAAACAUGUCAGUGCUGCCCAUAAAAUGGUUAGAAAAUAGUUAAGUUAAUAGACUUAAAUUCCUUGCCUUAAACUCCACAAUUAAAAUAUGUAUAAAAUUAAACAUACUUUAGGCUAAGUACCUUGCUGUGUAUUUGUCUUCCUCUCAGAUCAGAAACAUGUAGAAAAUGAGUAGGUAGGUUUAUACGGUAAUCCUCAACACUACAGUAUUUCUUGGAGGUGCAUGGUUUUUCCCCAUAUGGGUUUGUAUGAUGUAUAAUUUCUAAUACAUUAAUACAAAACAUCUAUUCUAGAUAUAUCUA